AUGGGGGCUCAAACCUUUCCACUGAGGCGCUCACGCAGCCGCGCAACACAAUACGCGACGUCGCCGGAAUGCAUAACAUCUCUGAAAACAGCCCCGGAGAGCACCGUGACCUCACGAGGCACCUCCACCGCCGCUGCCGCCGCUGCGAGGACACCCUCGUCCGGCGAACGGGCUUCCAGCGGGCGUAUCAGCUCCAGCAUUACGCACAACUCUGUCCUGCCCGUGACGCCGCAGUACCUCUGCCAGCUCACGGAGAAGCAACUCGGUCCUAGGGAAGAUGUUGUUGGCCACGUCCGUCAAAAGCCACCGCCUGCCCCGCCGUGA